AUGCCCAUCCGCCCUCCCUCGCGUACGACCAGCUCGUCGUCGCGCAGAGUAGCGACCAUGCGGCCCCCAAGUGGAAGACCGGCGCCCAAUCGCGCGCAGACUGCGACGCCGACCCUCACUGGAAGAGCAUCGCCCGCGGAUAGUGUCACCUUAUCCAAGGUGCGGACACCGGCACGAACCCCGAAGCGCAAAGUUGUUGGAGAAUUGGGAUCAGACGGGACUGAGGAGACGAAUAUCAAUGUCGUGGUGCGAUGCCGUGGGCGCAGCGACCGCGAGGUCAAGGAAAACAGCGGCGUCGUCGUCUCGACGGACGGAAUCAAGGGGAAACAGGUGGAUCUAUCCAUGGGACCGAGUGCGCUGAGCAAUAAAUGCUAUCAAUUCGACAAGGUCUUCUCGCCCGCUGCGGACCAAGGAAUGAUAUUUGAAGAGGUCGUUUCGCCAAUCCUGGACGAAGUCCUCAAUGGUUUCAACUGCACCCUCUUUGCCUAUGGACAGACGGGGACUGGAAAGACAUACACCAUGUCGGGAGAUAUUACAGACACCCUUCCAAUUCCUGAAGCUGCGGGCAUCAUCCCGCGUGUGCUUCAUACCCUCUUCGCUCGACUGGGAGAGGACGAGGCAGAAAAAACCGAGCACAGCGUCAAAUGCUCCUUCAUUGAGCUCUACAACGAAGAGUUGCGCGAUCUCCUCGCGGCUGAUGACCAUACCAAGCUCAARAUCUUCGAUGAGGCCAACAAGAACGGUCGCACUACAACUCUUGUUCAAGGAAUGGAGGAGAGCCACAUCACAAAUGCUGCAAAAGGCAUCAAGCUGUUACGCGAUGGAAGCCACAAACGUCAAGUAGCUGCGACCAAGUGCAAUGAUCUCUCCUCUCGAUCGCACACGGUCUUCACAAUCACCGUCUACAUCAAACGUACAUCGGACGCAGGCGAGGAUUUUGUCUCCGCAGGAAAACUCAAUCUUGUCGACCUCGCUGGCUCAGAGAACAUCCAAAGAUCUGGAGCGGAGAACAAGCGCGCUGCGGAAGCUGGACUGAUCAACAAAUCUCUCCUCACCCUCGGACGGGUUAUCAACGCUCUGGUCGAGAAAAGCAGCCACAUUCCAUACAGAGAGUCGAAACUGACCCGACUAUUACAAGAUUCUCUUGGAGGACGGACCAAGACCUGCAUCAUUGCCACAUUAUCCCCAGCUAAGAGCAAUCUGGAGGAAACUAUCAGCACGCUGGACUAUGCUUUUAGGGCCAAGAACAUUCGCAACAAACCACAGGUCAAUCAGAUGGUUUCGAAGAAGACUCUUUUCCGGGAAUUCACCACUGAGAUUGAAAAGCUGAAGUCGGAACUGAUCGCUACUCGGCAGCGCAAUGGUGUUUAUCUCACAGCCGAAGCCUACGAAGAUCWCACCACAGAGUCAGAAUCCCGACGAAUUCUGAGCGAGGAGCAGCGAGACAAGAUCGAAACCAUGGAAUCGAAUCUGCGUAACAAAGUCCAAGAAUUGUUCGUGCUGACUAGCAAUUUCCAAUUCAUGAAGAAGGACAAUGAGCAGACCAAGCUUAUGCUUGAUGGGACCAAGAGUGUGCUCGAAAAGACAGAUCUCAUUCUGGAGCAUACUAGGCAGAGUCUGGCGGAGGAAACGCAUCUCCGCAAAGCACAUGAAGAUACUGAGGAGCGAUUGGCCGAAGUCGGUGGCGAUUUGCUCACAACACUGGAGACCACUACGACCCAUGUAGACAAGCUACACUCGAAGCUGAGGAGACGGUCGGACCUGCAGGACGUCAACAGGAAUCGAUGGGUAGACUCGCAGACCCGAGUGUCGAGCGCUACCCUCAGCGUCGACGAACGAAUCGAGGCCUUGCAAAGGCAGCAGCAAGCCUUGGUCACAGCUCUGUCCGGGCGCAUGCGGUCAUUCGUAACCGAUGAGUUGCAUGAGUUGCAAACUUCUCAAGACUUCUUGAAGCACAAGACUGCAGCUUUUCAGAGUUCCGAGUCUGAAGUCAACGCACAGACCCGGAAAGCGAGAGACGACAUGAAUGAUGUUCUUGAGGAGAUUGGGACGCUUCGAGAAGAUGUAAAGCAGAAAGUAGGCGCUGGUCUCAGUGAUCUUUCUGUUGCGGCACAACGGAUUAGCGCCGGCAUUGCCAGCGAACUGAAUGCCUUUCACGGUCAGCUGCAAGACUCGUACGUAUCCCUCGGACGCGAAUUCACCACACUAUUUGAGGAUCUUAUGCGGCGUAUGAGCGAGCAACAAGCCGAAGCACAAAGGCUUCGCCAGCAAAUCAUAGAUGCGAACGAGACUUUCGUUGAGGCAGGCCACGCGUCUCAGGAGCAGCUAUCUCAGGUUGUAGAAAAAGAGAAGGAGACUGCAGCCAUAGAGCGGGAAGCGCUGCUCUCCCAGAUCACCUCACUUGUCAACAACUCGGCUGCAGCACAAGAGUCUCGCAUAGCUGGGUACGUCGAAAGUGCGAACAAGCGUAUUAAGACCUCUGAGGACGAGUACCGGAUUGCCCAGCAGACCUAUGGUAAUGGCAUGGACGAUUGGUCGGCCGGAGGCCAGAACAUGAUCGCAGCAUCCGUUAUGGCGCGUGAGACUAUCGAGGCCAAAAUCCAGGCCGACUGGACGAGCGCCAACGAGCACACCACGAAGAUAACGGAUACUACCACUGCAGUCCAUGGAGAGACCGUCCGAAUUGUGGACGGUCAAAUGUCUCAAAUGGACAGCCAGCUUGUCGCGCUGGACGAAAUCGUCGACAGAGUACGCGAGCAGAAUGAGGAGCACCAUGAUGCACAUACAAACAGCCUCGGCAAGCUUGUGAGCAAUGUGCAUGAAAGUUAUCGAAAUAUUGGGGAGCACUUCACCACUUCAUACAAUCGCACAGAGGCUUUGGAUAGUGACAUGCAAGACAGAGCGGAUGCUUUGACGCAAACACUGCCAAGCAUGGAUCCAGAUGGCGAUAUCCGACAGCCAUUGCAAGAUCUCCGCGACGAGAUGAGCUCAGCUGCAAUGGCAGAGUAUGCCAUUACUGGUGAAACGCCCGCGAGGAUGCAGUACACUUACCCCACAGCUCUUCCACGAACGGAGAAUCAUCAAACGCUUCUCGAUCGCAUGCGCGGUGUUCCUGCAAAGUCGCCAGCAAAGUCGCCUAACAAGCGCUCUCCUAUAAAAUGCAGGAGCAGUCCGAUCAAAUCAAGCCCAACAAAGAGGAACGUUUUUACCGACACACCCCCAGCUUUGCCCGCGCUGUUAACAAUGGCGCCAGCUUCAGCACCAGCCUCACGCCCUCAGACAGCAAGUAGCCAUACUAGCAGUCUACGUGAACUUGACGUCAAUGUUAAUGUGGCUGCUGUAGGACUCGCAGCUUUCGCCGCUGGCCAUCAGAGUCCUGAGACGGGAAUCGAUGGUUGCAAGUUGCCUUCAGCCCCUGAUUUCAAGAGUCUGAGCGCUAAUGAGGGGUCGAAAUCACAGCAGCAGGAUGGUGUCAGUAAACUGCCUAUGAAGCGGAGUGCGAGGAUGACUGUUGCUGGAGCUGAGUCGGUGAGAGAGAAGGAGAAUAUGGAUGUCAAUUUGAGUGCGAGUGUUAACCUUGGGAGAAGAUUGAGAAGUCGUGAUUGA